AGACUAUAUACAACUAAAAUACUUACAACCACAGACACAAAAUUCAAGUAUCAUUUCCACUGCCAAUUCUACUUGGAAAAUUAUACUCUUUUAAGUCCAAGAAAAUUGAGGAUUCUUGCAUUGGCUUGUGACUCUGAGUUGUGGAAAUGGAAACUUUAUUUCCUACUACUUUUAUGCCAAAUUCAAAUUGGAUGAUGCAACAGAGCAAAAGCACAGAAUGGACUAAAGAAGAGAACAAGAAAUUCGAAAGUGCACUUGCAAUAUACGACGAAAAAACUCCGAAUAGAUGGUCAAUGGUAGCAGCUAUGAUCCCUGGGAAAUCAGCACUUGAUGUGAUGAUGCAGUACAAAGAAUUAGUUGCAGAUGUUAGUGAUAUUGAAGCUGGAUUGGUCCCAACUCCGAGGCAUUUCGCUUCUUCUUUUACGUUAGAAUUCGUCGAUCAUCGCGAGAUUCAUACGUUUAGAAAGAGAGGCAAGUCUUGUGAUCAAGAAAGAAAGAAAGGUGUACCAUGGACAGAGGAAGAGCACAGGCGAUUUCUAAUGGGGCUUGAGAAGUAUGGUAAAGGAGACUGGAGAAACAUAUCAAGGAAUUUUGUGAUCUCUAAAACUCCAACACAAGUGGCUAGUCAUGCUCAGAAAUACUACCUAAGGCAACUUUCAGGAGGGAAAGACAAGAAGAGACCUAGCAUCCACGAUAUCACCACCGUUCAUCUCACAGUCGACGAGUUGCUCAACAACAACAACAACAACAAAUCAAUGUGUGACGACACAUAUAGUGUGUCCCCAUUGCAGAAAUCAACGAGCACAGGAGAUGUACUAAUCGGUUUCUGGAACGAUUCAAAUGAUGAAGCCCUCAUGACUUAUGGUUCGAUGUAUGACAGCUUGGUAUGAUACGACUUGAGCUUAAAGAAAGAAGUGAGGAUUCAUAUAGCCGAUCUCAACUUGUUUGAGACUGAAGCAUAGUAGUUAUUGUGGUUUGAUCAGAACCCUCGAUCGAUUGUCUAUUGGAGGAUGUUGAACUAACAGUGCUAGUUGUAUUUUGCAGCUCCAUUGUUGAUCAAGUGAGGUUGAAAAGAAAAUGUCAAUAUUGGAUUUUGUUUGGAAUCUUGAAGUAAUGUAAAAUGUAAAUCAAGUUUUAGUGUGGUAUAUGCCUAGUUUCUUUGUUGUGAUUUCAGACUAUUACACAUGUAAAUAUUCAAUCAUUUCUCCUGAAUGUAUCUCUUCUUUGAUGUGAUCACAAA